UGCAUUUAAGUGACGAUAGGUUUUAUCUGUUUGAAACUUAAUUUUUAGCAGUUUGUCUGUCACGAAUGCUUUAUUGAGAUACUGCGCGCGAUUUUCCACUUUGUUACCACUAUGCUCAUCCAGUAUGCUAUCAUGCUCCAGUCCGCAUGAGAGGCCAAUGCAUUAGUGUUAUUAGUGUAUUAUCAUUCUCAAAUGAUAUAUCAAUGCACGUUUAUUUUUUUACAAAAAUAGAAUAUAAUGUUUUAUGAAUACGUAAACAAAUAUUUCAUACAAACGUAUAUGAUUUCAUUUAGCUUUUACAUCUUUGUUUCUUGCGGGUUUUGUCACUUAUCACGAAUCGUAAGGUUUCUAUAAGUUCGAAGAUACCACAUACCGUACCUUUCAUAACCUCAAGAGGCUAUGAUUACGUCAAUUAAAGAUAAUGUUAUUCUGUCAUUAAAUUACUAAAAAGUUUUUUAAUAUGCAAUAUCGACACAGUUUCAUGAUGUUUUUUAUUCAACAUCGAUAUAUUCAUUGUAGUUCUGUAAAUUUAAAAAAUUAUUUUGCCAGACAAAGUAGGUUCAUGAAACGUAUGUUAAACAAUGAUCAAUCUAAAAGGAAAUGGUAUAAGGAAACGAUUACAACUACUAUGCCAAGUAAUUUUAUAUUGGAAAAACCUGAGAUUCAGUGUAAUAACCGCAGAAUGAAUGUUUUGAAUAAACUCUUUAUGGAAUAUAUAACAGAUUUGAUGUCCACUGGUGAAGUUGCAUCUAAAUUGGUUGGCAAAGGGAUUGAAAUAUCACAAGUAAAAGUAACACCACGAUUUGACUACCUUCGAGUAUAUUGGAUUACCAAGGGUGAUGUAAAGCAUGAUAAUGAAAUAGAGCAAGUUCUGCAUUCAUCAGCUGGCCACAUAAGACACGAAUUGACUCAACUCCGUAUAGUGGGCAUAGUCCCAGUGAUAACAUUUGUGAAAGACAAAAGAUUCUCAUUUCUAGCAGAAGUUGAAAGUAAACUAACGAUAGCAGAUUUUGGUGAUGAUUUCACACCUACCACAAACAUAUUAAAACCAGCUCAGGAAUCCAUAUUACACUUCAAACUUUCACCUCACAUUCGUUCUAAACUGAAAGACAUUGAAACAUCUGAGGAAAACAAGGACAAUGAAUUUGUUAUAAACCUGCCUCCAAUGCGAUGUGAUGUUUUUGGAUUAAACCAAUUCAAUAUUAUGUCAAGAGUCCAACAAUCAAUGAAAAAAUCACAUGGAGCUGCUCAAAGUCGACUGAACUCACAGUUGCCUGAUUCACAUGCACCAAUAACCAUGAAUUCAUUUAAGGUAGCAGAUUAUUUGACUGCUAAAGAAGACAAGGAAGCGUUUUCGAAAUUUUUAGUCCAGCGUAUAAUUGACGAAAAACAUAAAAAACGAAGGGAGCGUUCAAAAAUGAAUCUUCAAAAGUUAGAUGAUAUCAAUGUAGACAAUACUGAAGAUUAUAAUGUAGACGAAUCAUAUGAUACUUAUAAUGACGAUUACUCUGACGAGAUAGAAUUAGAAAAGUUGAAAUAAAGGUUGAAAAAUGAUAUGA